AUGAACGCAUUGUUUAAGCUUCAGGUAGCUUUAUGUUUCGUGAUAUUAAUUGUAAACAUUGAAGGUGAAAGAAUCAGGAGAGUAUCUAACGAUACCAGAAAGCUUGUGGAGCUGUUCGGUUUGGCCAACGGUCAAUCGAAACGUGAAGCUGACCUUGACCAUAAUAAACGACCUAUCAAUUUGGUAGUUCUUGCCCCAGAAAACGACAGCCUGCCAUAUGCCCUUCACAAGAUCCUUCCUUCCAUUCAGUACGCCGUGAAAUCCGUUCAGGACCAGGGCAUCCUGGGCGAUCGUGCCAUCAAAGUUUAUGCACGAGACACGAAAUGCUCCUCUACUUACGGGCCUUUGGCCGCGUUCAAUAUGUAUUACAACAAAUUGGUUGAUGUUUUCCUGGGUCCGCUCUGUCCGUACGCGCUGGCACCGGUCGCUCGAUACACGGCGGUCUGGCAGAUACCGAUAUUGUCUGCCGGUGGACAGAUAGACUCUUUUGACUACAAGGCAAAGUACUAUUCGUUGCUUACUCGCAUGAAUGGUUCCUAUUCUCAGAUUGGGCACAUUUUUCAGGAGGUGCUGUUAAAUUUUAGCUGGCGAAUAGUGGCGUUUCUCUAUCAUAACUUUCAGGACCGUUCCCGCGGUAAGUCCAACUGUGCUUUCACCCUCGGUGCUGUCUCCCAUGCUUUAAACAAGAAGGAUUACCAUGAACGGGAUUUUGAUGAAACGCUGUCCGAGGUUCCCUACCACAACCUGCUUCAGGAUGUGUCCAAACAUGCCAGAG